UGCAAAGAGAUUGGUCGACUCCGCGGUCCCACGACGUCACUAAAGCUGGGCGCUUUAAAGCGCGCUGAAGUCCAGGAGCCGGGAUGCUCUGGCGGGUUUGGGGAGCUCCGGCAGGGCGAACCCCGAGAUCCCCGCUGGUGACAGCUCCUAGUAUCUCUCUUUACAACGAUCUCACCCCGCCAGCCUGCCAAAGUAGAAAACUCCUCGGGCGAAAGCGGUGUCCCUGCUCCCCAUCACUUGCUGAUUCAAAGCGUUCCUGAACCAGCUAGGGGAGUAGUACUUUCCCGGGGGCGCUUCCACGGUGUGCUGAGGGCCACCCGCUCAGCAGCAAAGAGCCCAGGAGGCAAAGAACUUCAGGGGACUCGGCUUUCGCCGACAGCGGGUGAGUGGGCACAUCUGCGGCUGCAGACCUGGGGCGAUGGCCUCUCUCCCUGCAGCCUCGAACUGGACCGCCGGCGCGGGAGGAGCAGGCGCUGACGCCGGGCACCUGAGUGAGGCGCUCACGGCUGGGGCAACAGUGGGGGCGGCUGAGGCUGACUGGCUGCAACUGCUGGCCCAAGCCGGCAAUCUCUCCGCCUCGUCCUCCACGAUGGGACUGCCCACGACCUCCCCCGCGCCUUCGCAGCCCCGGGCCAACCUCACCAACCAGUUCGUGCAGCCGUCCUGGCGCAUCGCGCUCUGGUCCCUCGCGUACGGCGUGGUGGUGGCCGUGGCUGUCUUCGGGAAUCUCGUGGUCAUCUGGAUCAUCCUGGCCCACAAGCGCAUGAGGACCGUCACCAACUACUUCCUCGUGAACCUGGCUUUCUCCGACGCCUCCAUGGCCGCUUUCAACACCUUGGUCAACUUCAUCUAUGCUCUUCACAGCGAGUGGUACUUCGGCGCCAACUACUGUCGCUUCCAGAAUUUCUUCCCUAUCACAGCGGUGUUCGCCAGCAUCUACUCUAUGACGGCCAUUGCGGUGGACAGGUAUAUGGCCAUUAUUGAUCCCUUGAAACCCAGACUGUCUGCCACAGCAACCAAGAUUGUCAUUGGCAGUAUUUGGAUUCUAGCAUUUCUUCUUGCCUUCCCUCAGUGUCUGUACUCAAAAAUCAAAGUCAUGCCAGGGCGUACUCUCUGCUAUGUGCAAUGGCCAGAAGGUCCCAAACAACAUUUCACUUACCAUAUCAUUGUCAUCAUACUGGUGUACUGCUUCCCACUGCUCAUCAUGGGCAUCACAUACACCAUCGUUGGGAUCACUCUCUGGGGAGGAGAGAUCCCAGGAGAUACCUGUGACAAGUAUCAUGAGCAGCUAAAGGCUAAAAGAAAGGUUGUAAAAAUGAUGAUUAUUGUCGUGGUGACAUUUGCCAUCUGCUGGCUGCCCUAUCACAUUUACUUCAUCCUCACUGCAAUCUAUCAACAGCUAAACAGGUGGAAGUACAUCCAGCAGGUCUACCUGGCCAGCUUUUGGCUGGCAAUGAGCUCGACCAUGUACAACCCCAUCAUCUAUUGCUGUCUGAAUAAGAGAUUUCGAGCUGGCUUCAAGAGAGCAUUUCGCUGGUGUCCUUUUAUCAAAGUUUCUAGCUAUGACGAGCUGGAGCUGAAGACCACCCGGUUUCACCCAACGCGGCAAAGCAGCCUGUACACUGUGACCAGAAUGGAGUCCAUGACAGUGGUGUUCGACCCCACGGACUCGGACAGUGCCCAACCCGGUGGGAAGAAGAGAGCGAAGUCGAGAGAUGCAAGCUUCCACAGCUGCUCCGGCAGGAAUUCCAAGUCUGCCUCCACCACUUCAAGUUUCAUCAGCUCCCCCUACACCUCCGUGGACGAGUAUUCCUAAAUCCGUUUCCAGAGGUGGGGGUGUAGCGGGAGGCCACGGUGGAGCCAGCCUGGGCCCUCGUUCUCCUCACCACGUGUGGGUCCUGCCCUGCACACUCUCCGGAAAGAGGAGGGCAAUUUUUAGGCAGCUUUGCUGCGCUCCAGAAAGGUAGCACAUAAACAUAACAAAGACUCUCUUAGGAUAUUUGCCUCCCUCAAAAAUAAAGUGGGCUUUAAACUUAUUCCUUGAAAAUUCUAGAUUAUCAUACAUAACAAACUUAAAAAUAUAUCUGAAAAAUACUUAUGAUGUGUUUUGUUGUUCUCUUUUAAAAAUUGCAAUAUAUAUUUGUGAAACUAAAGUCACAUAUGAUUUUCCAAAAUAUUAAAGAAGCUUUAAAAUACAAUGUUGUGAAUAAAAACAGCCUAUAAAAAAAUGAAACAAUUUCAUCUACAUCUAUAAACAAAAAAAAUUAAGUCACUAAUUUUCCCACUAGAAUGAUGGAAAAAUAAUCUCAAAGAGUAAAAAUUAAUGAAAAUUUUUGCUUGAGAACUCAUUCUGUAGAAUUAUUUAAAAUUUUUUAUUUAAAAUUUUAGUACUUAUAAGUCAUCUCCUUGAAAUGUAACUGAAAAGGAAAUCUAGUCAAAUUAUUAAGCUGCUACAUGUGGUUCUCUUUAUUUAUUUUUUCUGAGAAGUGGCUUCAAAACAAAAAAUAAUAAUAAUUUACUCUUUGACUAUUAUAUAAAGUGCCACGCUAAGAAAUAGUCAAAGUUGGACCUUACAAAGAUAAAGCAAUUCCUAUGACCUUCUUUAUUUUUCAUAAAUAUUUUUUAAUUUUUUUAAAUAGGUAGAUUUUAAAAACACUAAACAUUUCUUCUAAUGAAGAAGAGAAAAAUCCCAUUUCUCUCUGAAACUGGCUACCAAUUUUUAGGCAAGAAUUAAAAAUGCUAAUACACAGUUAUGAUGGCAAACAUCUACCAGCUCCAAAGAAAGAUAUGUUUCUCCUCCAUAACCCAAGGGAAAUGUUUAAGGUGGAUACCAGCCUCAAAAACAUUAUACAGACCUUUUCUUCUCCUCUCUCUCAACUGAAGAAAAGAAUAAGCACUGGGGGAAUAUCAGAAAAUAUAUUUAAAACCAAGUCCUUAGGAACAAAAACUCUAGGUACUGCCUAUAUGUCAUAAUAUACAUAUAAGUAAAUCAGGCAAGAUGUAGGAAGGUGAAUCAAGUACAGUGGUACCUCGGUACUCAUUGUUAAUUCAUUCUGAAAUUCAUGAUGAGUGCCGAAACUGGCAGGUAUUGAAUAAAUGUUCAAGCGAGGAGUGAUGAAGCACCUUCUCUUGAGGGGUGGUGUAGUGACUCAUUCAACUUCUAGCAAGGGCCAGGAGUUCUGAGCAGACCCCAAGUACCAAAACAUUUUUUUUCUCAUCAAAGUGGGAUGAGUACAGGGUUUGAUGAGUUCUGAAUCCAAAUGAGUACUGAGGUAUGACUGCAUUACAAUAGAAAGCUGGACAGUAUUUUGGAUACAUGUUAACUAAUACACACCUGCCCACAGAGAGAGCCUUCUUCUUAUUUGGCUAGAUAUUUCAGAAGUCCUCCCCCAACCCUCCCCCCAGAAUGAGCUAAUGGCCCUAAAGAAACAUCUGUUUCAAAAUAAACUGACACACUUCUGGGAGCCAUAACAAAAUGAGGUAUGCCAUUAAGUAUAGAAUUUAUCUUUCAGACAUCAGUGCAUAUGAAUCAUCUUUCUCUGAAUUAGAGAUACUGCCAAUCCUGCUCGGAAAAGCAGAAACUUUCUGAGAAUGCAGAUAUAUAGCACCGACUUCUUUAAAAUAUUCAGUUGGAUUUUGAAAGCUAUCCAGCUGAACUAAUUACCUGUAAUACUUCACAGGAUUGUUAUUUCUCUACCAAUAUAGAACCGACUAUUUGUUUUUGAAGAACAAGGUAAAAGCAAUUAUUCAAGAGCAGAUCAUGGUCUUUUGCUGUCAAGACCUCAAAGUUUCCAAUCCUCUUUAUUUUGGAUCCAAAGCCAGAAAUAUCUAAUUUUAACAAAGUGUUAAAAGUAUAAGCAACCCCACCAUAUAUAUUUAAGCUGAAUUUCUUCUGAUUACACCAAUAAGCACAUAUUCAAAGAAGUAAAUUCAAAACUGAAUGCUGAAAUAGUAAACAGUCAUUAAAGAGUUGCCAUAAUAGCUCAGUAAACUCUACGACACAUGUGUGCAUGCUUUAUUUAGAUAAACAAAUGUAUUAUUUUUGGCAUCUAAUUGUUGAAUAUAAUGUUGUUAAAUGUUCACUCAAAAAAUGUAAAUGCUUGUCAUACAAUGUGAAAGUGUCAAUAAAAAGCCUACUAUUUUAAA